AUGCGGAGGGAGAAUGAAGACGGAUGCCAAGUCUGGGGCACUUGCAAGGAGACUGAGGCGGUGUCAACGCCACUGACCCCCGGGCGCCUUCCCCCUUCGGCGCAUCUCAUUUCCGCUGCGCGUGUCGACACCACCAGAGAACGUCUUGCACUUCUGCACGCCAUUGUUCAACGCUCCUUGCAGCAUGCGGAGAUUCCUAGCCGCUCGGCAAAUAAAGUGCGUCCGACUUCCUCUACGCCUGACCGUCGAGGAUCCUCGCCGUCGGCGACGGGCGAAACCGCCUACCUCAACUGCAUGGAACAGCUUCUGCUGGCCCAAUUCGAGGGCCUGGGUAGAAGGGACAUUCGACUGGAGCAGGCGGAGUCGUACGCUGCAGAGUGGGAAAAGUGGUGUAAGUCUGCGUUGCUGAUGAUGAUGCUUCAAGGGGCACAAGCCUCUUCCUCGUUGGACGUCAACGUCUUGUUAGCAGCGGGAUUGGCGACCUCUGAAGGACUCGACUGCAAUGAAAGUAGUGCGAUUGCAGAAGUGCCCUUUGCGGAUGUGGUUGCCGACAUCGUGGCUAUGCCUCCUUCUUUUUUCGUCAGUGAGGCCCUGAGGAGCCUCCCAUGCAAAGAGAACAACGAGCGUCAGACGUUGUCGUUGGAAGAAACAUCCGAGUUUAAUGCCCUUAUUCUGGGCGUUGAUGUGGUUGGACACCAUUCGGCGGCUUCUAAAAGGCGCGACGAGGUGGUGGGGGCACCGGAGGAAGACGCUGAUGCCUGGCUGCGACAGGCCAACGACAUUGCACGUCUUCUGCUUCGGUGGGAGGCUGAGGAAGUAGCAGAAGCCAAACCCGGCGAACCGGGAGUUGCGCCGGCGGCUCGCAAGCUGCUGUGCGCAAAAAGUGACAUCCCCGUGCAAACGCUUGCUCGUGUUGCGCCAACGGCCUCACUCGAGGUGGCGCCGAGGCGGGAAAGCGUCGGCGGGGUACGCGAGAGGUGGCCUUCUCCCAGCGACGAGAGCGCCGAAGUAAAUGAAGAAGCGUUGGGGGAAGACAAGUCGUCCCCGAAGAGGGAGUCGAUGAUGGGGGCACCGUGCCGCCAGCCACAGAACGAAGAGCAUUGCGGCGUUUCACGCGCUCUUGCGAUGAGGCCGGCGUUGAGGAAGCCGGCGGGCGCGCAACCAUGCAUCGCCGGCUGGGUCUACCGCAGUUGCGUUCCCCACGCGAUGUGGCAGCUCCGCUUCCACAGGUUAGAAGACGGUGUUUUGCGUUUCUCUAAGCCGUCGCCAAGCGGAAAACACGUUCGCUGGUGGACUGUGUUGACCAUUCGCGAACUUUUAUAUGUCGGGCUAGAUGACACCAACGCUGCCAUUGGGGAGGCAAAUCCACCGGACUGCCAUCAGGGAAGAAGUUGCAUUUCGAUAUAUUUUAAAAAACCAACUGAAGAAGCCCCGCGACGGCUGCGGUUGUGCGGCGCAAAGCAGCGCGAUACACUUGCGUGGUUCUUUGCCCUCCGCCAUGCGACGCAACGGAGGGGGAGUGUGCGUGUGGGGAGGGUCGCCUCGUUCAGUGAUGCGCUAACGUGA